UGACGUGUUGGGGCAGCUCGGAUUGAUGUAUCGCCCACUUUUCAAUGCCGAAUUGUUUUGACAAAAGGAUUUGACUUGCGAAGAUGAGUGUGGAAGUGGAAAGAAAAUUUGUGUGCAAUGCUGACACUGUGAAAACACUGGAGGAGAUAGGCGCAGUGUGUGUUGGUCAGCGCCAGUUUUGUGACCAAUACUAUGACACCCCAAAGUUUGACCUGACGUUGAGGGACAUGUGGCUGCGUAAACGUAAAGGAUGCUGGGAGCUGAAGUGCCCCACAGGAGUCAGCAGGACAGAAGAGACAUCUGGAGAACUAUCUAAAGCGGCUGCGUUGUGUUCCCGCUACAAGGAGAUAACAAAUAUGCCAGAGAUUCAACUCAGGGUGAAAGAGGUCAUAAAAGACAUUUGUGAGACAGAGACGGUCCCCUCACAGGAGGAUGAGUCUUGGCUGAGCAAAAUGAAUCUGGUGUGCUUUGCAGAGUUCACAACAGAACGGCGGUCAUUCACUUUAGAGGAGGAGGGGGUGCAGAUAGAUCUCGACCAAGCUGACUUUGGCUACCAUGUGGGAGAGAUCGAGGUCCUAGUUCCAGAGGGAGGAGAUGUGCAGUCAGCCUUUGGGAAGAUCGAAAGAAUGGCUGCAAAGCUGGGUCUGAUGGGAGAUCAGCGGAUUGAGGGAAAAAUGGAUGUUUACCUUAAAAGACAUCACCCAGAGCACUAUGCAAAACUACUGAGUGAACAUAUUUUAUAAAACAUACGAUACAUGAUCUCUAACAGUUACAGUUAAAUUGUUUUUAAAAUGUACAUAUAGUCGUAUAAGGGAAACUCAUGGGUGGAUUAUGAGUCAGUGGGUCCCUGGGCACAGAUAUGGAGAGGGCCCCAACACCUCCCCGACAGGAGCAAGACACACAGACUUUAUGUUUGUACUGCAUCUCUUUGUGGUUGUUUUGC